GAUGGCAACAUUGACAGUGAGUUGACAAGUUUGUUAUUUAGGUUAUUUGCUGCCGAAUAAUAUUUUUUUCUGUUUUCGUAUAAAUUCUUGAAGAAAAUGUCUAAUAUCAAUCUGCAAUGUUUGUUAGGCAUUCAAUGCAAUGAUUUUGUAAUGAUAGCUGCGGAUCAAACUACUAGCCACAGUAUUAUGGUUAUGAAAGAUGAUGAGGAAAAAAUAUACAAGAUCUCUGACAGGCUUAUAAUGGGUGUAAUAGGAGAUUCUGGCGAUACAAACCAGUUUGCUGAGUACAUUGCCAAGAAUAUUCAAUUGUACAAGAUGCGCAACGGUUACGAACUCGGACCCACUGCAGCAGCUAAUUUUACUCGCCGAAACCUUGCAGAGUAUUUGAGAAGCAGUAGUCCCUAUUCUGUCAAUCUUCUGAUGGGAGGGUAUGAUAAAGAGAAUGGCCCGGAGCUGUAUUUCAUGGAUUACUUGGCAUCCAGUGUGAAAGUACCUUUUUGUGCUCAUGGCUUCGGUGGAUACCUCAGUUUGAGUAUCAUGGACCGUUACCAUAAGAAAGAUGCUACUGAAGAUGAAGCCUAUGAGAUUCUAAAGAUGUGCGUGAGAGAGGUCCACAAGAGAUUGUUUGUUAGCCUUCCCAAUUUCCAGGUUACGGUGGUCAACAGGGAUGGGAUCAAAGUCCUUCCACCCAUCAAUUCUGCAUUGCUGAAGUAAUUUUUUUAAUAUAAGCAUAAAUAAAGAUUUUUUUUGUAUGAA